AUGCCUACUCAACUACUUAUGAUGGACGGAGUAGGUUUACCCGAAGCUGCUUUUUAUAUUUGUCUCGCUUCCUUAGUUGACUUUCCAACUAGGGUUUUCAACUUAACAUUGAAUGAGAAAGUGAAGGGGUUCGCGGGGCACAGAUGGGUGGUGUUUGUGUGCGCGAUGUGGGACAUGGCAUUCGCAGGCACCUCUUACAUGUUCGGGAGCAUAUCGCCGGUGAUAAAGAGCAGCAUGGGUUUCAACCAGAAGCAGGUGGCGUUGUUGAGCAUGGCCAAGGAUUUGGGUGACAACGUUGGUCUUCUUGCUGGCAAAAUCAGCCUGUUUUCCCCCAUUUGGGCUCUCUUUCUCGUUGGGAUCUUCCAAAAAUGUUCUCGGUUAUGGCCUUGUUUAGCUUCUCGUCACGCACCGCAUUCGGUCUCUACCUUUCUGGCAGUUUGA